AUGCCUCAACAUUUACCUCCGGAGAUCCUUCGCGAGAUCUUCACUCAUCUGGACAAUAAACGCGACUUAUCGUCACUUUGCAAAGUUUUCCGUUUAUUCAAGGAAAUCGCCCAGCCGUUGCUCUUUAGAAAGUUCACUUUGAUGGACUACUCCGAUGAGUCUCAAACGGAAGUCUUUAGGGCUCUCACGCAGUUUACUCGGACCGUACUCUCGCGAACCGACCUACAGAGUGCUGUUCGUGAGAUAAACAUCAGAACUGGAGAAGGUCCUGAUGCUGACCCGGCUUAUGAAACGAGUACUCUUUUGUUUGAUACUCGCAUAUGUUUACCCAAUGAAUUACAGAAGCUAAGAAUCAACGAAGGGGCCAACUUAAUGCACGCUAGAGUCAUCUUAGCUGCAAUGACCGCCCCUGUUAUGCUGCUCCUAUGUAUCAAACUGAAGAGACUUGAGGUGCUUAAUCACCUCUCCAAUCUCACAUCGCUUACUCUCAGAGUCAUUCCCGAAGGUGAAGAAUAUCCAGGUGGCAUACAAAUUGAAAAGCUAUGGCCCUUUUUGCAACUCCCGUGUCUGCAACACUUCAAAGUCGAGCAUUGCAUUAGCGACGAUACACAGCUCCCCGAGUCUGGCCUUCUCCCGAACGCAGUGAAAGCCUCAUCCAUUUCAUUGGGGGCGUGCUGCCUAGAUCAAGAGACAUUGAUCACCUUGAUGGACUCAUGCGAAUGCGUGAACUCACUAUUAUACGUGGUCGAUCCGCGUCUAUCUCGAAGCACCGACCGUCUGGAAGUCGAUGAAUUUCUAGAAGCGUUGGAUUCGCAUAAGGACAACAUAACCAAUCUACGCGUUCAAUUGAAUAAUAUCGAUCCUAUCGGGACCGAUUAUAUCAAUUUGGGCAACACACCUCGGCUCCCAAGAUCCCUGGAAACACUUGUGGUCUCGCACUACGGAAAACUCAUCUUCGACCUAUUGGAUGGCAUUGUCGAAGAAAACAACAAUUAUAUCCAUGAGCUCAAGACGGUCAACUUCAAACCGUUAUUUUCGCCGUGCACUUUAAUGCUGGAUGUUCAAAACGAAAUUUACCAGAAGAGGCGUAUACCGACGAAACAGCAACUCAUGACGAACUCAUAUCCACCCGGCAAGAGCUACCUCCUCCAGAUUGCUCAAGCUCUUACCCAUGGUACCCCGGUGGACUACAUGGAUGUUACGUCCAGCGAGAACGAUGGUCCAGUGCAAAAUAACCCAGAUACCGGAAGAGACAGAGUGGUUUGGGUACCAGACGCACUUACGCGAACCGUUACUUCAAUGGCCAUGUGCCAUUUCGCAAACCUGGACACAUGUCAAUACAUCAGUAUUGAUGGACAAUACCAAGAGCGCGUGCUAGCAGUAUGGGGCACAGCUGUACACUGA